ACUAUAUUACGGUUACGGGCACUGACGGCAAAACAAUGGCGGCCCCCGGUGGGAACGAUUAGAUUAAUGUUUUGUAAUACCUCUCUUCACAGCAAUUUACCUAUUGUUCUGAUACUUCUGCAAUAUUGAACACUCCUGUAUGAUUAUAAAACUGUUUCGUGACCAGUAAAACGGAUCACAUUGUUAAUUCUGAUAUGAGGGCAGUUGUUGUCAUGAAACUUUGACAUGUUGGCACAGAAACUGCACCUGCUCCGACACAACGUCCUGUCAUUUGUAUCCUCUCGGACUGGCAGUGACCUCACCAGGCGCCAGUAUGAUGUCAUCGUAGUGGGGGGAGGACAUGCUGGGACUGAGGCGGCAGCCGCAGCAGCCAGAUUGGGGGCAGAGACUCUCCUCAUUACCCAGAAGAUCAUGACUAUCGGGGCCCUCUCCUGUAACCCAUCUCUGGGGGGCGUGGGGAAAGGCCAGCUUGUGAGGGAGGUGGAUGCUCUGGACGGUCUGUGUGGGCGAGCAGGCGACUCGGCCGGGGUCCACUUCUCCAUCCUAAACCGCAGCAAAGGGCCCGCUGUGUGGGGACCCCGGGCACAGCUGGACCGGGAACGCUACCGCCAAUUCAUCCAGUCAGAAUUGCUGUCCACUCCCAGGCUGACAGUGUUGGAGGGCUCAGUGGAUGAGUUGCUGGUGUCACAACCCAACCCAGAGGAGCCUGGACACCACAGAGUCACUGGGAUAAGACUGGUCGAUGGAAGCCACCCCAUCUUGUCCAGCUCAGUGGUACUUACCACUGGCACUUUCCUGUCCGGCUCCCUCUUCAUGGGCCAAACCACCUCUCCCGGGGGGAGGAUGGGGGAUGCUCAAUCAUGUGCCGGACUUUCAUACACACUGAAAGAGACAUUGGGGUUGAGGGUGGGUCGGCUGAGGACUGGCACACCCCCUCGGAUAGUGAAGGAGUCCGUGGAUCUGUCCUUGGCUCAGCUCCAAGCCCCGGACAAACAGCCCACUCCCUUCAGUUUUCUCAACACCCACACCCGCUGCAAGCCAGAAGAGCAGCUCCCCUGCUAUCUGACCCACACCACGCCUGGAGUGGAGAGAGUGGUCAGGGAGAGUGUCCACCUCAACUGUCACAUACAGCAGGACGCCAAAGGUCCCAGAUACUGUCCUUCCAUCGAGUCGCGGGUGCUGCGGUUUCCGGGGCGAAGGCACCAGGUGUGGCUGGAGCCGGAAGGUUUGACCUCUGACCUGUUGUACCCCCAGGGCUUGUCCAUGACCAUGCCCCCUGACCUGCAGCUCCGCCUCCUUAGGGAGAUCCCCGCCUUGCACCGAGCCGAGAUCCGCACUCCUGGUUACGGGGUGCAGUAUGACUUUGUGUGCCCCACCCAGCUGACCCAGUCUCUGCAGGUGAAGAGCACGCAGGGGCUCUUCCUCGCGGGUCAAAUCAACGGCACCACGGGCUACGAGGAAGCAGCCGCACAAGGCUUGUGGGCGGGGGUGAAUGCAGGUCGGACGGCCCUCUCCCUGCCCCCCAUGGCACUGUCUCGUACCCAGAGCUACAUCGGGGUGCUGAUCGAUGACUUGGUGGGCCGAGGGGUGACAGAACCUUACCGCAUGUUCACCAGCCGCGCCGAGUUCAGAACCUACCUCAGGCCCGACAACGCAGAUCUCCGUCUCACCCCCAGAGGGUUUGAGGAGGUGGGCUGCGUGACUUUGCGGCGAUACAAGAAAGCGGUAAGUGUGAGGGACGGCCUCCAGGAAGCCCUGAUGGCCCUGCAGUCCGUGGCGCUAUCCUCCACCCGCUGGAGAGAGAAGCUGGGCAACAUCAGCCUGAGUGAGAACAAGAGCACCACCUUAAAUGGUUUGGAUCUGUUGCAAUACAAAGAUGUGUCCUUUGAAAUGUUGGCCUCCGCCUUCCCAGAGUGCCUUUCACAAUAUUUUGAGUACUCACAACGACUCAAGAUUGAAGCUGUGUACAGACCCCACUGCGAGAAGCAGAGUCGAGAGAUGGAGAGAAUACGGAGCGAGGAAAGUCUGUCUCUCCCCUCUGACAUGGACUACCUCUCCUUACCAGUGUCCCUCUCUCAGGAGGUCAGAGAGAUACUGGACCGAGUCAGGCCCAACACUCUGGGCGCUGCUACCCGUCUACCAGGCAUGACGCCUGCUGGGAUCAUCCACCUUCUCAACUAUGUCCUCAGGACCGGGCAGAGGAACAGACACACAGAGCACAGAAACCGAUCGAGCCAAAAAGAGGGGGGAAAGGGACAGCUGUGUGCAAGCAACAUACCGAUAUCUCAGUGAAAUAAUGACUAGGGAAAAAAUAAAUGUACAAAAAUGAACUAUGGUAGUUUAGGAAAUCAUCGCUGUUUAAUUUAAAAUUACCUGAGAUUUCAAACCAAACAAUUGUGCCCAAUUUCACUAAUUUAAUCUAUUCAGCCUCACAAACGGUAACAAAAAAAUCCAACAUGCAAGCUAAAUUGAUUAUCAAGUGAACAUUUCUAGUUCUGUAACAAACAUUUUAGUGAAACCAGCACAACAGUAGUAGUGCAACCAACAUUAUAUCCCACAUGACCUUUUUGAGGUCACUACUGUUGGUGGUGACAGUCUGUCCAUCCAGCUCGCCUGUCCCUCUGGAGAAGAAGUCAAAUGGAAAUUUCCACUUGGGCUGUGGCGUUCCCCUGGGGGGUUCUGGGUAGACUGUAGUGUCAACAAACAUCACUUCUGUGGUCACAGCGAAAGGCGAGACGAGGGGACACUGAAGAGGAGAAAGACCGUGUGCAGGGGGAAGAAGGUGGUUGAGAGGGAAACAAUGGCAUUCCAGGUCAUUUAUUUUGCAGUGACAUGUCUCAGAAGACUGCAGCUAUAUCAUAUUAAUGUGGUUCCAGAGAAGUUCAACACUUCUGGCUGAAAUCUGCUCAGCACAGAUACAGAAAUGAUCAUACAUAAUAAGCCCUUGAGGUUUAUGCACACGUUAUAGGGAUAGUUUACCGAAAUGACACGUUUCAUUGGUGAACUAUCCCAUUAAAAUAGCAAAGGAGGUCAUAGGACACGCACCAGUUUAAACUACAUUAACCGGGACUAGAGCAGGGGUAUUCAAGUCUUACCCUAUGAGGACCAGACUAUUGCUGCUUUUCUGUUUCUACCUGAUAAUUAAAUUGCACCCACCUGGCAUCCCCAGGUCAAAAUAAGCAGUGGAACUGGAUUUGAGGUCCAGAUUUGAAUUUGAGGGGAUUAGAAGAUAUGGAGAGAGCUCAAACUGUUCACCCACUGCAAGAGGAGACAUGCUUGACCCUUACCUUGACCUUCUGACAGUGGAAGAGGUAUUUGGCCCCUAGAAUGUAGUUCUGGGGAAAGGCCAGGAGACCUGUCUGAGCCCACAGCACCUGGACUGACAGGGAGUGGGGGAGGAGACACCCGGACUCACACGACUCCUCCGGAGACUGAGGGAAGAGAGAAGACAGUUAUAUGUGUAGAAAAUCCCCCUGUUGAGGGACAAUCUUCUGUGUAUUGCACAAUCAUCGGUUGCACACGGCCUUGCGCUCCCUCUCGUGGUUUCACAGACUUAAUUAAUCUGCUGCAUUUCACCUGAUGCAAGCCUGCAUCUGUCAGCAGCUCCAUUUAGAGAUGGUCCUUGCUAUCCGGGAUCAUUGGGACAUCCCUACCCCAUUGACAUUUAAAAUUAAGGGUUAAGGUUAGGGACAAUUCAAGGAUCCCAGAGAGCAGUAACCAUUUAGGGAUGGUUUGAAAUUUACAGAAUGGAGACCUGGAGGAGGGUCAUUAUUUACUUUUUUUUUUACUUCAAAAAGGGGGAGGGUUUAGGGGUAUUUUUUUUUGUUUAAAAAAAAAAAAAAUCUAGUCCAGGGGAGGGUCAUGUAAUUUUUUGUAAUUUACAUUUCAAAAUAAGUUGUUUAUUAGGCUAUAUAUCGAUGUGUGCUCAAUGUCGCCCCUCAUCUGAUUUUCCAUCAAUCAAAAUUAUCCAUACGCCAUGCUCGGAGAAGCACAGCACACAGUUACACUCCAUUUAGACUUGAGUACCUUGAGCAUCAGCAAUUGUGGGUUCGAUUACAGGCUCAAAAUGGCCAGAAACAAAGACCAUUCUUCUGAAACUUGUCUGUCUAUUCUUGUUCUGAGAAAUGAAGGCUAUUCCAUGCGAGAAAUUGCCAAGAAACUGAAGAUCUUGUACAACGCUGUAUACUACUCCUUUCACAGUACAGCGCAAACUGGCUCUAACCAGAAUAAAAAGAGUGGGGGGCCCCGGUGCAUGACUGAGCAAGAGGACAAGUACAUUCGAGUGUCUAGUUUGAGAAACAGACUAAACAUGGCCUCAACUGGCAGCUUUAUUAAAUAGUUCCCUCAAAACAACAGUGAAGAGGCGACUCCGGGAUGCUGGCUUCUAGGCAGAGUUCCUCUGUCCAGUGUGUUAUUUUGCCCAUCUUAAUCUUUAUUGGCCAGUCUGAGAUAUGGAUUUUUCUUUGCAAGUCUGCCUACAAGUCCAGCGUCCCUCUUCACUGUUGACGUCGAGACUGGUGUUUUGUGGGUACUAUUUAAUGAAGCUGCCAGUUGAGGACUUGAGGCGGCUGUUUCUCAAACUAGACACUAAUGUACUUGUCCACUUGCUCAGUUGUGCACCGGGGCCUCCCACUCUUAUUCGGAUGCUCUUUAAAUCAGAACAACCGUUUUCAGCUGUGCUAACAAUUGCAAAAGGGUUUUAAAAUGAUAGACUUGGAUUAGCUAACAACGUGCAAUUGGAACACAGGAGUGAUGGUUGCUGAUAAUGGGCCUCCAUUAAAAAAUGAAGACGUUUCCAGCUACAAUAGUCAUUUACAACAUUAACAAUGACUACACUAUAUUUUCUGAUCAAUUUGAUGUCAUUUUAAAUGGACAACAAAAAAAUAAAAUAAAAAACAAGGACA